GGGUAACACUUGUUUCACGGCGGAGUGUUUUAACAGACAAAGACGGAAGUCGUAUAAAGUCGAACAUCCGGACAUUUCUUGUCAACAAAUAAGAAAGUCGGGGUUCAAAAUGGAGGACUGGAACCCCAUCGCGAAGGUGUACGAGCCGCUGAAAGCCGGGAGCAUCGACGGUACCGACGUGGAGCCCCACGACCGAGCGGUGUGGCGGGCGAUGUGUGCCCGCUACAAGCCCAACAAAGGCGUGGUGGGAGACCCGCUGCUGACGCUCUUCGUGGCCCGCCUCAACCCGCAGACCACGGAGGAGAAACUCCGGCAAGUCUUCUCCAAGUUUGGGGACAUCAAGCGGCUGCGGCUGCUGCGGGACAUCGUCACGGGCUUCUCCAAGCGCUACGCCUUCAUCGAGUACAAAGAGGAGCGCGCGGUGCUUCGAGCCCGCCGGGACGCCAACAAGCUGCUGGUGGACCAGCACGAACUCUUCGUGGACUUCGAACUGGAGCGGACCCUGAAGGGCUGGAUCCCCAGGCGGCUCGGCGGCGGCCAGGGCGGCAAGAAGGAGUCCGGACAGCUGAGAUUCGGCGGCCGGGACCGACCCUUCCGCAAGCCCAUCAACCUGGGAGUCGGGCCGCCGCAGGAGCGGUGGGCCGGCGGGCGGAAGGAGUGGGAGCGGCCCGGGGCCGGUGGAGGUCGAGACUACGGUAGGGACAACCGGGAUAACCGGGACCGGAGCAGGGUGGGGGAUGACUCCCGGGACCGGAGCAGGGGGAGGGAUGACUCCCGGGACCGGAGCAGGGGGGGGGAUGACUCCCGGUACCAGGAGAGGAGCAGGCACGGAAACCGGAGAUGAUUAUGUACAAGUCUCACUCGGAUCGAAGUAACAUCCAUCCAUCCAUUUCCUACCGCUUGUCCCUGCCGGACUUGAAGUGCAGUAUUUGGGGUCUUUUUUGUGCGGAAAAUGUUCAUUUUCCUGAAGGAAUACAUAAAGAACUAUCUAUCUAUUAAAGGGGAGCUGCAAUGGCUGUUAAAAAUGUU